AUGAAGCUUUCAUUCUCGAUCCCGGCGAAAUCCUCUUCAUCCAAGCCUACAACUAAACCUAUACUUGUUUCCAAAGAUGAAGAAACUGAACAGAGACAGAAAGAGUAUGUGACAGAGUUCGAUCCCUCAAAAUCUCAUGCUACACAAAAUAAACCGAAAUACAUUAUUCCUCCAAAGGAGAACGAAUGGCGGCCUCACAAGAAAAUGAAGAACAUCCACAGCCUUGCUUCUCUUCAAUCUGAUACCUCAGCUAAUGACGUCCGCUUCGAGGUUGCUGUUGAUGGCGUUGAUGAUGGCAGUGGUGGCAAUGUAUCUUAUGGGCUUAAUGUUCGGCAGAGUGAAAAUGAAGACUCUUCUAAAGAUGGUAGUGGGGGUUUCCCAUCUGAAAAAUCCAGCACCGAGAACAUGCUCUUGGAGAAGUUGAAGUAUGAUUUACAUCAUCUUCCGGAUGAUGAAGGAUUCAAGGAGUUUGAGGAUGUUCCAGUAGAGGGUUUUGGUGCAGCCUUGCUCGCUGGUUAUGGAUGGACAGAAGGAAGGGGUAUUGGAAAGAAUGCCAAGGGAGAUGUUGAAGUGAAGCAAUAUUUCAAGAGAACAGAUAAGCAAGGACUUGGGUUUAUGUCCAAUGAAUCUGAAAUGAGUAGUGACAAGAACAAACAGAAGGAGAGAGGUACAGGAAGAGAGAAAGAAACGGAUAGAGAUGACAAGGCUGAUGGAUUUGCUGUUGGUAAAAUUGUCAGGCUGGUUGCUGGUUCAAAUGGGGAUGCUGUAGGUUAUAAAGGUACUGUUGUGGAAAAAUUAGGCACUGAGUGGCUAGUUCUGAAGCUUGCAAAAACUGGGGAGGAAUUAAGGGUACAUGCUUCCGAUGUCGCAGCCUUAGGAUCAGUAGAAGAAGAGAAGUGCUUGAAGAAAUUGAAAGAGUUAAGGGUUAGAAGUGAAAAGCAGUCAUCGGACAGUGGGAGGAGUGGAAAACGCACAAAUAGAGAAAGCGACAGAAAGAGAGAUGCCGAGAGAAUAAAACCUGAUAAACAAAGGGGGACCCCAUGGCUAAGGAAUCACAUUAGGGUUAGGAUCAUAAGUAAGGACAUGAAAGGAGGCAGAUUGUACUUGAAGAAAGGGGAGGUGGUGGAUGUUGUGGGACCGUAUAUCUGUGACCUCUCCAUGGAUGGAAGCAGGGAGCUGGUGCAGGGAGUUGAUCAAGAUCUUCUUGAGACUGCAUUGCCAAGGAGUGGAGGUCCUGUUCUCGUUUUGUAUGGGAAACAUAAGGGAGUGUAUGGAAAGCUGGUGAAAAGGGACUUAGAAGAGGAAACCGGGGUUGUGCAGGAUUCGGAUAGCCAUGAGUUCCUCAAAGUCAAACUUGAGCAAAUAGCCGAGUAUGUUGGGGAUCCAAGCGAUCUUGGGUAUUAA